AUGGAAUCCGAGCGGGAUUCUAGCCCUAAUACGCAGUCUGCCUCCGAGGUCGGGCCCGAAAACGACGCGAAUACUCUAUCCGGUGUGUCUGUACCUGGUGCGACCAAUGCCCCCGAGACCCAAACCAGUGAGGCCGUUCAAGAUGCCGUACAACCUCCCUCGGCCCCCGUCCCGAACUCGGCCUCGGACACAGAACAUGCCUAUUGGGCUGAGUUCGAAGAGGACACUACACUUCCUGAUGAAGAGGAAUUGAAGGAGAUUGAAGGCGCAGAUGCCGAUUAUAGUGCUUGUGACCACACGUACUGGGAGAAUAAUUUCUUCCGGGACUUGGAGGAUCCGGAGUACGUUCCCAAGGAGAAAGCCCGCAUCACCUGGACCAUCAAGGGGGUUCGUGGCACCCCCAAUGCUCCUAAUCGGGCCAAGAUCAUGCGGUCUCCCCCCGCAUAUGUUGGAGGCUACUGGUGGCGGAUCAAGUUCUACCCUCGUGGCAACAAUGUGGGCUCGUUGAGUAUAUAUCUUGAGUGUUCACCCACGAUGCCGGCCCCAGAUGAUCAGAUUCCCGAAACCGAAUUCACUGUUCGUCGGGGCGAUGCGGAUGUCGUUCUGAACGACUGCGCGCCAGAUGCGCGCAUUAAAACAUCGGCUACGACAGAUUCGGCUGCCUGGUUGGAAAGCUUCAAGUCUCAAUACCCAGCUGCUGUCUCAACGACGAGCAGGUCUGCGGACUCCGGGUCCGCUCAAUGGCGAGUUCCUGCCCAGAUUGGUGUCAUUGUCUAUAACCCCGAGGAGCCCCGCACCGGAUGGAUGCAAUCCUCUUGUCAUCAGUUCAACCCCCAUAACUUGGAUUGGGGAUGGACCUACUUCCAUGGCCCUUGGGACCAGAUUCACACUCGUCGGAGGGGCCAGCAUCGAGCGUUGCUGAACAAUGAUACAUUGUCAUUCGAUGCAUACAUUCGGGUGAUUAAUCAUAGUGCCGAUGUUGCGGGACUAGCCUCUUGGCUUCAUAUCGCCCCCUUCUGCAAGAUCAUCCAAGGUGUAGAUGUCCUUGAGCACCUCACUAAUUGUGAUGUCAAGCCCAGGCCUCUAUGGGAUGCCUUGCAGAAGUUACUGUGGCACCUGCGCAGCCGCGCGCAGUCCCUUCAGUAUGUCGAUACCGAUAGUAUCACGUCCACGCUGCGGAACCUGCGAGAAUUCUCAAGUGAUGUGUCUGAAUUCUGGGAACGUCUGCGGCGUACCUUGGAAAUUGAGCUGGCAGGCACCGAGGCCGGCGCAGAAUUCGCAAAGUUGUUCGACAGCCCGGCUCCAGCUUCCCUCUCCACGACUGCAGGUGAAGUCAUCAACACUUUGCCGACAGAGUUCAAUUCACGCGUCUGCAUCCAAGCAGACCAGUUUCAAUCUACUGGAGAAGCCAUGGAAGCAUACUUGAAGGCCAAGACUGGCCGAUGGACUCUUCCACCGGUGAUGCAUCUCGAGCUUCGCCGCCACACUCUGGAUAAAGGCAUGCGGUGGCAACUGAUGUUUAACAAAGUGAAUCUUGAUGAGCGACUGGACCUGACACCUUGGGUGGUUGACGGCCAAGAUGGUAAAUAUGUCCUCUAUGGAUAUAUCGUCCACCGGGGCCGUCGAACUUCCGGCAAGUUUUUCAGCAUUCUUCGUCCCGCAGGCCCAGGAACCAGGUGGCUCGCAUUUGAUGACGGCAGCGAUAAUCGUGUCGAGAGUUUGACUGAAAAGACCGCCCUCGGCCCCCAUCUCGGUUUGGAUCCUUCUCAACCUGUCGAUCACAAGAAAGGCCACGACGUUCCCGUUGUUGCAAUCUAUGUUCGCAGUGACAUGGUAUCCGAGCUAUUGCCUGGCCCUCAAGGCCCGUGGGACAUUCCAAGGUCACUGAAGCAGUAUUAUGAGACGGGUGUCUUCACUGCUGAUUCGGUGGCUUCGAAGUCCGCAAGUGAGGAUGUCCAGGUGGAAGUAUAUUCUCUCUCGGACCACAAGAGUCUCAGCAGCCUCUUUGAUACAUACGACUUGAUGUCACGCGCUAAGGCCGAUAAUAGUGUCAUGUACAUGACGCUACCACAGUCGUCUCGCCUAACGGAUCUCCGUAAAAAGGUCGCUCUUUGGCAAUCCGUUGGACAUGACACCAUUGGCGCUGAACGAGUUCGGCUGUGGCAUAUCGGAAAUAGUCGUACGCAGUGUGGGUCGACUCUGGCCCUUGAUUUGAUUACAGACUUGAAUGUCCCCUUGAACGCUUCCACCGGAGUUUCCAGGUUCUGGAUGGAAAUUAUUUCCGAAGAUGAUGCCAAGUUUUUUGCUAUUCCGGACCCACCAUGCACAAGAGCCAUUGAGGAUAAGACUGAGGAGUCCAUUGUGGAACGACCGAUUUCAGGUUCCAACCAGGCUUCGUUGUCCAUGACUGACGGAGAUGCUGUCGCAAGUUCAUCAGUAACUUCCAGAGGUGAUGGACUGUUUGACCGCCCUGAAGUGAAUAUAAUAGCCACUGAGAGCUCUUCCCCUCCUUUAGCGACAGCUUCUCCCGAAAGUGAUGCUAUCAACGAUAGCUCGCAGGCUUCGAACAACUCCUCGCCAGAGGUCAUCGAGCCGGAGGUGAAAUUACCUGUUGGUCACACCUAUUACUUUAUCCAAGUCUUUGAUGCGGAUAAGCAGGAGCUGCAAACAGUCGGUUCUUUCUUUUCCAAACACGAGGCGAAUGUCAAAUCAUCACUACGUAGACACCUACAGUGGCCUAUUCGCAGGGAUUUUCUCAUGUGGAAGCGAGUGGAUGGGACUACCAUUACGACAGUGUCUCCCGCCGAGAGCUUUAAGGAUGUGGUGGUGCCACACGGUUCCUGCCUCAUUGUCGGCGACAAGCUCAGCAAGGACAAGCGUACUGAGCUUGGCAUCUCUGGCCUUUUCUCCAGCCCUGAUCGUCUUGUGCAAUACCUUUGGGCUGAAUCAAGAAGUCACCCUAUCCAAGGAUUCACUGGCACCAAGACUGUCGAAGCGACUUUCACCAGUGAUUUUUAUAGCGGUGAAUUCUUGAAGGGAUACUACCACGGUCGUGGCAAGCAUCUUUCCGGCACUGGCGCUGUCUAUGAGGGCGAUUUCGUCUUCGGAAAACGCCAUGGCCAAGGAAAAUGGAAUACCCCACGGGUGACGUAUAUGAUGAAGACCGGGAACAAAUAUGUCGGCGGAUAUAAAGAUGGCAAACGUCACGGGAAAGGCAUCAGCUACUGGGAAGUAGUCGACGAUGAGAUGGACUUGUGUCAGAUCUGCUACUCAGAAGAGCAAGAUGCCGUCUUCUGCGAUUGCGGGCAUGUCUGCUCAUGUGUGACAUGUGCUAAACAGGUCGAUCUGUGUCCCAUCUGCCGCAAGUCUAUCAAGAGUGUGAUCAAGAUCUACCGGACUUGA